AUGAGUAGCUCGCAGAAAUGCAUUGACUUGCCUUCUGGACCGAUUGAUCGUCUGAGGAACGGCUUCGAUAAUGAACCUCGCCGAAUCGAUCCUCAUCCACUUGAAGAAAAUUGCAAAAAUGUUUUUACAAAUGAAUAUGAAGAGAGAAAGAAAAAUCUGAGACUUAUGUAUGGUCCAUAUGGUUCCUUUGGGUUUGAGAGAGAAACUGAAAUCUGCAGUCGACCGCUUCGCCUCGCCCCGCUGAAGAAUCAUUAUUGCGAGUUGAAUACUCUGUGGGAUCGUGAUGAGGAAAUUACCUUUGAGGAUGUAUUGGGAGACUGGACCUCAAAUCCUGAUUGUCAUUAAGUCUGUACUAUUCUCUCAGUU